AUGUAUCGUCUUGUCACCAACAUUGCUUCAAAAGCUAGGGUUGCUAGAAGUUGUACAAGCCAGAUUGGAAGCAGGCUCAAUUCUACAAGGAAUUAUGCAGCAAAAGACAUAAAGUUCGGUGUUGAAGCUCGGGCUUUAAUGCUUAGAGGUGUUGAGGAGCUUGCUGAUGCUGUUAGAGUCACUAUGGGACCAAAGGGCCGUAAUGUCAUCAUCGAACAAAGUUGGGGUGCGCCCAAGGUGACAAAGGAUGGUGUUACUGUUGCCAAGAGCAUUGAGUUUAAGGACAGAGUUAAGAACGUUGGUGCCAGUCUUGUCAAACAGGUUGCUAACGCCACAAAUGACGUAGCUGGUGAUGGAACAACUUGUGCUACAGUCCUUACUCGAGCUAUCUUCACGGAAGGUUGUAAAUCAGUUGCCGCUGGAAUGAAUGCAAUGGACCUAAGGCGUGGUAUCAAAAUGGCAGUUGAUUCUGUUGUGACGAACUUGAAGAGCCGAGCACGCAUGAUUAGCACUUCUGAAGAAAUUGCCCAAGUUGGAACAAUAUCAGCCAAUGGGGAUAGAGAAAUUGGUGAACUGAUUGCAAAGGCUAUGGAAACUGUGGGCAAAGAGGGAGUAAUCACAAUUCAAGAUGGCAAGACCUUGUUUAACGAGCUGGAAGUUGUUGAGGGUAUGAAGUUUGACAGGGGAUACAUCUCCCCGUACUUCAUAACAAACCAGAAAAACCAAAAAUGUGAACUAGAAGAUCCUCUCAUUCUAAUCCAUGAGAAGAAAAUUUCCAAUUUAAACGCUGUGGUGAAAGUCUUGGAACUGGCCCUCAAGAAUCAAAGGCCGCUGUUGAUCAUUGCUGAGGAUUUGGAGAGUGAUGCUCUUGCCGUCUUAAUCCUGAACAAACUUCGUGCUGGAGUCAAGGUCUGUGCCGUUAAGGCCCCUGGUUUUGGAGAGAACCGAAAGGCCAAUUUACACGAUCUAGCUACCCUCACCGGAGCCCAGGUGAUAACAGAAGAGUUAGGUAUGAAUCUCGACAACGUCGACCUCAGUAUGUUUGGUAACUGCAAAAAGAUAACUAUCUCCAAAGAUGAUACUGUUGUCCUUGAUGGGGCUGGUGACAAGAAAUCAAUUGGGGAACGAUGUGAACAGAUACGAGCCAUGGCUGAAGAGAGCACGUCUGAAUAUGACAAGGAGAAAUUACAAGAAAGGUUGGCUAAGCUUUCUGGUGGUGUUGCUGUACUAAAGAUCGGAGGAGCGAGUGAGACAGAAGUUAGCGAAAAGAAAGAUAGAGUAACCGAUGCUCUAAAUGCCACCAAAGCAGCUGUGGAAGAGGGUAUUGUUCCAGGUGGUGGUGUUGCUCUUUUGUACGCGUCAAAAGAACUUGAGAAGCUUUCCACAGCUAACUUUGAUCAGAAAAUCGGUGUCCAGAUCAUUCAAAACGCUCUCAAGAUGCCUGUUCACACGAUUGCCUCAAAUGCGGGAGUUGAGGGUGCAGUUAUUGUAGGAAAGCUUUUAGAGCAGGAUAAUUAUGACCUUGGUUAUGAUGCUGCUAAAGGAGAAUAUGUUGAUAUGGUAAAGGCCGGUAUUAUCGAUCCUUUGAAAGUGAUCAGAACCGCCUUGGUUGAUGCAGCAAGUGUAUCGUCUCUGUUGACGACAACUGAAGCUGUUGUGACUGAGAUUCCAUCGAAAGAGCCGGAAGCUUCUCCGGGUAUGGGUGGCGGCGGCAUGGGCGGAAUGGGAGGCAUGGGAGGAAUGGGUUUCUGA